UCUGGUCCAGCGGAACCCCCGACCUAGGAUGGCCAAUCGGGCUGAAAUUUUUACCAGGUACGUAUCUCUCCAGGAUCACUCAUCCCUGAAAUUUUCAGCUCAAAAGACCCAUUCUAAGUGGGAAAUCAUUUCUGAGGGGUGGGGCCCUUAAUGAUCAAACCAUACUUAUGAUGUUUGACUCAUUUUAUUUCCUUUUAAUAUAUUACUCUUCUAAAUAUAACCUUAUUUAGUUUCUCUUUGAGAGAAAAAAAAAAUGAUAUUCUUUAAAAAAUUGCAAACUGAAUUUUGCUGUUACAUAGACAAUCUGUUUCUCCUGAUCACAUGCACUGAACUCAAUUAAUACUACAGUACGGGUAAAAAAUAUAAGAGAAACGCGCAUUUGUUUUUAUUUGUUUCUACGAUAUCAAGCAUUUAACUCAAAUCCAAAUAGUACUUUGAAUAGUCAAUGAAGUUCUCUAUGAAAUACAUUCUAUAUAUAUCAAAAAAAAAUUUUUCUAGUUUUAUUCAAGAUUUUAUACUCUUUCAGAUAGAACUCUUAAAAAUUAAUUUUCAUUCAGUUUUCUAGAAUCUGAAAAAUACUGUAUUACCUGUUGAAAGCAUUAUUUGGAUUUGAAUUAAAUACAUGUUACCGUAGAAAAAAAAAAAUCAAAAGUACGUUGAUGUUAUAUUUUUGACCAGUACAAUAAUCACUAGAAACUUUUUUGUUGUAAUAAUAAAUUAAUUUUCUUUUUUUUUUUGCAUUUAGAUAUUACAAAGAUCCAGUUUUAUGUGUUAAAUGUAUUUUAGAUGGUAUUUCAUCUGAUGAAAAACUCUCAGAUGAAAAAACAAAUGCUAUUCUUAGUAUACUCGUUCUUGAUCUUAAACUUGAAAUGACUGUAUUACGUAUUGAAAAUGGUAUUCCAUAUAUACGAUUAAAUUUAGGUGAGAGAAAUUUAAAUAAUGAAAUACGUACUAUUCUUUUAUCAUCAAACAUAAUAAAACAAAAUCAAAUAAUUUAUUCUGAUCCGAAUAAACUUGAACUGAAUCUAUCUGAAACUCAUUAUGUUCAAUUAACAACUGUUGAUACACAAUCUGAAUGUUUUCAUGUUUUACUUAUGCGCGAUUGUCUUUCAAUAAUAAUGAAUGUAUUAAAAGAUUGGAAUGCUAAUAGAAAACCAUUAUCUGUAGAACCAAAACCAAAUAUGCUUGUUUGUGCACAAUACGAUGUUGAUGAUCUUUGGUAUCGAGGAUGGAUUCAAUAUGUUACUGAAGAUGGUUAUCGUGUAUAUUUUGUCGAUUUUGGUAAUGAAGAAAUCGUUUCCAUUGAUCGUCUUAGUGAAUGUCCAGAUAUUUUAAGAAAUAUUCCAUGGCAAAGUGUACAAAUUAAAUUAGCUAAUAUUAAAUUAACAGAUGAUGAACGUUAUAUACUUUUAAGAGAUUUUGAAACUGAUCGUCUUGAAAUGAAAAUUAUUGAAAAACAUCAAGAUAUUUAUCAUGUUGAUUUAAUUAUGAAUGGAAAAUCACUUGUAGAACAUAUAUUAGAAUUACGAAAGAAACAACAAUCACAAAUUAAUGAGGUACCAAAAAUACCUAUGGAACCGAUUCAACAAACCUUUACACCAGUAUCAACAGUAACACCAGUGACAACAACGGAAAAUGUUUUACGAACAUCAAAUGAAAAUUCACAAUCAAUUCCAUUGCCUAUUCAACCGAGUAUUGAUGUACCAGGGCAACCUAUAAUAUUAAACAAUAGUAAAAUAUUGCAAUCAACAACUACAACAACAAAUACUGCUACUACUGUUGAUGCUGGUAAAAUACCGGUGUCUAGCAUUUCGAAUACGGUAAUGAAACAAGAGCCUACUACUGACCAAAAGAACGAUAUUUGUAUUAAUGAUAAUUUAAUAACAUUAAUUGCUGAACAACGUCGACAAAAUCGUUUACUCGAACAAGUUAUCGCAGCGAUUAAUACAACAAAUGCACUUCUCACACAACUUGUUCAACGCUAA